AUGCCCGAGUUCAGUAAAGAGGGCUGGGAUAUCUCUGCGCAGCAAUUAAGAGGACUGCUCUAUCUAGCACAGAGUCGGAAGGAAGCUAAAAGUUAUAUUGCACGAGAAAAAGUUGUAAAAAUGGCCAAUAUCAAAGAAGUGAAUGAAAAUGCUGAGAGCAAGAAAGUUGGGAAAAUUGUGGAUGAGAAAAAGGAAAAUGACAGGAUUACAGAUGGAUUAAGAGAUAAAAGUGUGUCCAGCCGAUUACGUGAGCUAACUCGAUAUUACACCAAAGCCGAAGAUGUAAUAUUAGGUACCCUGGAGUUUGGCAUAGACCAAUUUGAUAAUUUCAUUCUUUUACAAACAUUCAUUCCAAGAUUAAGGCAGAAAAAUAAAGGACGAGUUGGCAGGAUAAUCAAUAUUCUUGUGCGGCAUUUGUCACGGUUUUACAUUGUGGUUAUCUUGAUCAAUUGUCGCCGUUUGGUUGUGCGGUUAAUAAAAGUGAAUAAGAUCGUUAGACAAUUAGAGUUGCAAUGCCGGAUAAUGAGCCACCAAAGUAUUUUACCCGAUUUCCAGAUACCAAAGCAUCUGAAGGAUACAUUAAUGCAGUUGUAUACGAUGAAAGUAAAAGUGGUGGUAGAAUUAGUUGGAUAUUUGGGCGAGCUUAUGCUUAACCUAGAUAUGGUGUGGAAGAAAAUGCACAUUCCGGUGAGGGUUAAAAAGCUUUUAAGUGUUUUAAGCUGGAUAGUUGGAAUAUACCGCUUUGCAAAAGAUGCUGACGACGACGCAAAAAUGGACUCGAACUUGGCACAAAUAAGUGACCGUUAUUGCUGA